AUGUCCAAUCUUUCAAAGUUAGAGUUUGUGGCUCUUGAUAUUUCGGGAAAAAAUUAUCUAUCGUGGAUUUUGGAUGCGGAGAUUCAUUUGGAUGCUAUGGGUCUUGGAGACACCAUAAAAGAUGGAAAUAAGGAAUCUUUACAAAAUCGUGCAAAAGCAAUGAUAUUCAUUCGUCACCAUCUUCAUGAAGCAUUGAAAAUUGAAUAUUUGACAAUUAAAGAUCCACUUGAGCUAUGGAAUAAUUUGAAGGAAAGGUAUAGCCAUUAUAAAAUCGUGAUUCUUCCAAAUGCUCGUUAUGAAUGGAUUCAUUUACGUUUACAAGAUUUUAAAUCUGUACGUGAAUAUAACUCAGCAAUGUUUAGAAUUAGCUCAAAAUUAAAAUUAUGUGGUGAAAAAAUUACAGAUGAAGAUAUGUUGGAAAAAACAUAUUCUACCUUUCAUGCAUCUAACAUGCUCCUGCAGCAGCAAUAUAGAGAGAAAGGUUUUAAGAAAUAUUCUGAGUUGAUUACAUGUCUUCUGGUGGCUGAGCAAAAUAACGAGCUUUUGAUGAAAAAUCAUGAGAUCCGUCCAACUGGUGCUAGUCCAAUCCCUGAAGUGAAAGAGAUAACUGGUAAAAAUGAUAAACGACAGCACAGACAAAAAUUUCAUCAUGGUCGUGGUCGUGGUCAUGGUCGUGGUCGUGGUCGUGGUCGUAGAUACGGAAAUGAUCGAUCUCAAGAAAAUCAUGAUGGUUAUAAUAAAAGAAACACAACAACUCACCAGAAGUGGGUUAACAAUAAUGUUCACCAAAAGUGGACAAAUGACAAUGGUAAAAGGAUUCAAAGUGGACAAGAUAAUGACGAAAAGAAAUCAGAAAAUUCAUGUUAUAGAUGUGGCAUGAAAGGGCAUUGGUCACGUACUUGUCGUACGCCAAAAUACUUUAUUGAUCUCUACCAAGCCUCUUUAAAGGGCAAGGCAAAAGAUAUAGAGACCAAUGUUGUCUUUCAAGACAAUAACACAAUUGUUGGUCCUUCUAUGACAACACAUUUGGAUGUUUCUGAUUUCUUUGCAGAUCCUGAUGGAGGGAUAGACAAUUUGACUGGAAAUGAAGAUAUUUAUGGAAAUGUCUAA